AUGCGUCCAGAAGGUCCUCGCGAUACUGUUGUCGGUCCUGACAGUGGUCCCACGCCACCAUUCCCGUUGAAGUUGAAUGGCGAAGUCGUCAAAGGUUUCGGCCGUGGCAGUAAAGAGCUCGGCAUCCCAACCGCCAACAUCCCCAUCUCAGGCCUCACGGUAGGCGGCCACCAAGACAUCGAAUCAGGCGUCUACUACGGCUACGCCUCCCUCUCCUCCACCAACAAAGUGUACCCCCAAGUAAUGUCCAUCGGCUGGAACCCCUUUUACAAAAACUCCGUCCGCUCCGUCGAAGUCCACGUAUUGAACAAAUUCGAAAAGGAUUUCUACGGCAGUCAUAUGAAUUUGGUCAUUUUGGGAUUCAUCAGGCCCGAGUAUGAUUAUGUUAGCAAGGAGAGUUUGAUUGAGGAUAUUGAGGUUGAUGUCGAGGUUGCGAGGAGGAGUUUGGAGAGGGAGGGGUAUGCGAAGUUUAAGGAGGAUCCGUAUUUGUUGGAGUUUGAGGGUAAGAGUGGUGUUGCUAGUUGAAGAGGUGUUGAUGGAUGAAGGUAAUGUAAUGUUGAUACGGCAAUACACAUAGAGGACGGAAUUGAGAAGGAAGCAAAUGUUACAGCUCGAUAAUACUUCUACAGUUUGAUCUUGUUCGAGCGACAAAGCAGCCCUUUGCUUGACCAUUACAGCCAUGCCAGCCCGGUUAUGCAAUUCUCCUUGAAGAAUCCACCCUUACAAGCCAUGUAUCCAGUCCCCAUGAAUGGUAUGCCAGCCAGCGCCACGCUAAAAACACAAAUGAAGCCAUGAAGAAACACAAUUAUCCCGUC